CAACAGAGCGUAGAGGCAGCAGAGCCAUGGCGAGUCCCGGGCAGAAAGUGGUGCUGAUCACCGGCUGCUCCUCUGGAAUCGGUCUGAGGAUGGCUGUGAUGCUGGCCAAGGAUGAACAGAAGCGCUAUCAUGUCAUAGCAACGAUGCGUGAUCUGAAACGUAAAGAUAAGCUGGUGGAAGCUGCCGGGGAUGCGUACGAGAAAACUCUUUCUCUGGCUGUACUGGACGUCUGCCAAGAUGAGUCCGUCAAACAGUGUAUAAACGGCAUCAAAGAUCGACACGUGGAUGUCCUCAUCAAUAAUGCAGGUAUCGGCCUCGUGGGUCCAAUAGAGAGCAUCCCCAUCGAAGAGAUGAAGAAUGUGUUUGAGACCAAUUUCUUUGGGGUGAUCCGCAUGAUCAAGGAGGUGAUGCCUGAUAUGAAGAGAAGGAAAGGAGGACAUAUCAUCGUGGUCAGCAGUGUGAUGGGACUGCAAGGUGUGGUGUUUAAUGACGUGUAUGCAGCUUCCAAGUUUGCUAUGGAGGGCUUCUGUGAGUGUUUGGCUGUGCAGCUCUUGAAGUUUAAUGUCAUAUUGUCACUGAUAGAGCCGGGGCCGGUGCACACAGAAUUUGAGGCAAAAAUGAUUCAGGAUGUGAAGCAGAAAGAGUUUCCUGGAGCUGAUGCUGAUACGGUGCAUUACUUCAAGAACGUCUAUCUUCCUUCUUCUAUUGACAUCUUUGAGACACUGGGACAAAUGCCUGACGACAUCGCCAGAUGUACCAAGAAAGUGAUUGAAGCAAGCAGCCCGCGUUUCCGCAAUCUGACCAAUCCCUUGUACACGCCCAUCGUAGCGUUGAAAUACGCUGAUGAAACUGGAGGCCUGUCUGUCCAUGCCUUCUACCACAUGCUCUUUAACAUGGGUCCUCUAAUGCACGUCAGCAUGACUGUCAUGAAGUACCUCACCUGCGGAUGUCUGAGGAGCAGGACAGUUUCACCAAACUAGAAACAAUAGACCACAAAUAAAGACCACACACUUCCUGACCUGCCAUAUUUCCGUAUGCAUUGUCUAUUUUUUGUCAGAUUGUACCUUAAUGUAUGUUUAGAUACCACAUGAGUCCAGUUCAGUUGAAAUACUACAACAAUUUAAAAAAUGGUUUUAAAUAUUUUACACUUUCGAACACAUUUGCACUAGUUUAUUUUUCUAAAUAAAGUGUA